AUGUCGUGGCUGAGCAACUUGGAAGCCAAGCCGGAUCCAAACUUCAAAGAUGAAUCCCCCAAGGUCGCGGAUCCCAGCAUCCCCGACCGCAUGGUCUCGACGAAACGUGCCAAUCGGCCCUUUCUAGCUUAUAAGGAAUACCGGGAUCAACAACAGCAGCUGCACAACGCGUGGCUGGUGCGGAAGAAGGAACGUGAUGAGAAGAUCGCGAGAGGUGAGGAGGUGGGCCGGGAGGAACCUGACCCUACAGCGGAACGCGAAGUUGGCGUCGUCGAGCUGCUCAAGUUACUAGUCUACACUCUGCUUUUCAUCAUGCUAGCCGGGAAAUUCAUCGCAGGGGACUUCUUCUGGGGAUAUGAGGGCAAGUGGACGAAUCUCAAGACAUAUUGGCCAUCGAACCAGCGCCUCUUUUCUGAAGGCUACCUUGCAAAGUUUGACGGCAGUGAUGCUGAGAAGCCUAUAUAUUUAGCCAUCGACGGCGAUGUUUAUGACGUCUCCAGUAAUCGCCGUGUGUACGGCCCGGGUGGUUCUUACCACAUCAUGGCUGGUAAAGAUGCCGCGCGCGCCUAUGGAACGGGCUGCUUCCAAGCACACCAGACACAUGACCUCCGCGGGCUGAGCGAGAAAGAACUCAAGAGCGUCAAUCACUGGAAGCAGUUCUUCGCGAACCACAAGACAUACUUUAAAGUCGGGCGGGUCAGCCAUCCUCCGAUUGAUCCUGCUAGCUCGAUCCCAGAGCAUUGUGACCCUAAGAAAGCC